UGCUUCCUGCACUUUGUCCGGGCCCUCGCCCUGUGACAGGCGCUCUGCAAGAUGAAUCUCAACUUCACUUCCCCUCUUCAUCCAGCAUCUUCUCAGAGGCCCACGUCGUUUUUCAUCGAGGACAUUCUGCUACACAAGCCCAAGCCUUUGAGGGAAGUGGCCCCUGACCACUUUGCCAGCUCUCUGGCCUCUAGGGUGCCUUUGCUAGACUAUGGCUACCCCCUUAUGCCCACACCCACCCUCCUCACCCCUCACGCUCAUCAUCCUCUGCAUAAGGGGGAUCACCACCAUCCUUAUUUCCUGACCACCUCAGGGAUGCCGGUCCCGGCGCUGUUCCCGCACCCGCAGCACGCGGAGUUGCCCGGGAAGCACUGCCGCCGCCGCAAAGCUCGCACGGUGUUUUCUGACUCGCAGCUCUCCGGCCUGGAGAAAAGGUUCGAAAUCCAGCGCUACCUGUCGACGCCAGAGCGCGUGGAGCUGGCCACUGCCCUCAGCCUCUCGGAGACUCAGGUGAAAACGUGGUUCCAGAACCGGCGGAUGAAGCAUAAAAAGCAGCUGAGGAAAAGCCAAGACGAACCGAAAGCCGCAGAUGGGCCGGAGAGCCCGGAAGGCAGCCCUCGUGCUCCUGAGGGCGCGCCUGCCGACGCUCGGCUGAGCCUGCCCGCCGGUGCCUUCGUGCUUACUGAGCCAGAGGACGAAGUGGACAUUGGGGAUGAAGGCGAGCUCAGCUCAGGGCCGCAUGUGCUCUGAGUGGCCAGGCUGGGAAGGGAGACCGGGGCGAGGAGGCCGCGGGGCCAGACCUGGUUCUUCCUGGGUGGGAAGACUCGCGGAGACUCCAGACUGCUCCUGCGACCUGGGCUGGAAGAAAGAAAGGC